AUGUCCAAUCGCUCGUUUCUGAGAAUCCCAGUCUACUAUAGUUUUCUUUUAUCUAUCUAUCUAUCUAUCUAUCUAUCUAUCUAUCUAUCUAUCUAUUUCAGUUUUGUCAUUUCUAUCUACCAUAGUCUGCUAAUAUCUAUCUAUCUAUCUAUCUAUCUAUCUAUCUAUCUAUCUAUCUAUCCCAAUCUGUUUCUAUCUAUCUGUCUAUCUAUAUAUCUAUCUAUCUGUCUAUUUCACUAUCUAUCGAUCUAUCUAUCUAUCUAUCUAUCUAUCCCAAUCUGUUUCUAUCUAUCUUCUGCUAAUAUCUAUCUAUCUAUCUAUCUAUCUAUCUAUCUAUCUAUCUAUCUAUCCCAAUCUGUUUCUAUCUAUCUGUCUAUCUAUAUAUCUAUCUAUUUCAGUUUUGUCAUUUCUAUCUACCAUAGUCUGCUAAUAUCUAUCUAUCUAUCUAUCUAUCUAUCCCAAUCUGUUUCUAUCUAUCUGUCUAUCUAUAUAUCUAUCUAUCUUCUGCUAAUAUCUAUCUAUCUAUCUAUCUAUCUAUCUAUCUAUCUAUCUAUCUAUCCCGAUCUGUUUCUAUCUAUCUAUCUAUCUAUCUAUCUAUCUAUCUAUCUAUCUAUCUAUCUAUCCCAAUCUGUUUCUAUCUAUCUAUAUAUCUAUCUUCUGCUAAUAUCUAUCUAUCUAUCUAUCUAUCUAUCUAUCUAUCUAUCUAUCUAUCCCAAUCUAUUGCUUUGUUUCGUUGUUUCUUUGUUUCUAUCUAUCUAUCUAUCUAUCCUCUUUGGGUCAUUUCAUAUCUAUCUAUCUAUCUCCUCUUACGCUCAAACACCAAUUUCAUUCAGACGAGAGCUUAUCUAUCUAUCUAUCUAUCUAUCUAUCUAUCUAUCUAUCUAUCACAGUGUGUUCCUAUCUAUCUAUCUAUCUAUCUAUCUAUCUAUCUAUCUAUCUAUUCAUCAUAUUAAAGCAAUGUUCUUAUUCAGCAUUUCAGCUUGCUAG